AUGUCGCACACUCCGCCCGUUUCUGGCCCCUUGAUGGACGAUGCUCUCCGCAUAGAGUCCCGCAGCUUGUUCGAGAAGAAGCGACCUCGUGUAGACGAUGACUCUCACUCAUCCGAGGGCCGUGAUCUCGUGCGUCCUCGGCCGCUCUCAUGGCACCCAUCUGCUCCAGUGGAGCCCCCCUUGCAAGCUGCCCAGCUCCGUUCUAUUGGAGUGCACUCCAUACUGAAUUCCCCCGCAAAAUCUGCUCCUCUUUCUCUGAUGCCUUCGGGGGGAGAUAGCCUGAGUCUGGCGAGACAUCAGUCAUCCAUCCCUCCGUCUUCUUCUGCACCUACCUCUCAUGUCCGAAUGCCUUCAUCGCCAACAGUUCGUCUUGCUUCCCCGUCAAUACAUCACGCCAAACGGCCUUCGCUCUCGCCUGGGUCGGUGAACCGUCAGAUCAUCUCGCCUGGCUCCCCCACAGCUCGAUUUGUCGGAUCCACAGGGCCGUAUGCUAGAAAGCCUAGUACUGUGCAGUCUCCCCUGGCUCAGGAGUCACGGCCGGGACUGUAUGGGACGUCAUCCGGGUCGCCUUUGCCCAUGGAAAACGCUCCAGUGAACCCAAUCCAUACAUCCGAAACCAUGGCCCCAGCUCCAGUUUCCAUCCACUCAACCCCAACCUUUCACAGUCGCCGGACGAGCGCAAAUCCGACCCCUACUCCCAGCUCCCAAGAGACGAGCCCCACGACUCCCGUCUCCGUCUACAGUCCGUUUGGUCGAGCAUCACCAGCACUUGCUGGGAUGUCCAUCCCACAACCUGCACCAUCGUUCGCUAAUUCCCCCAUAUAUGGGACGGCAGAACCGGUUAGUCGAUUGUCGUCGGUUGCAGGCGAUAGGCCGGCAGGAGACGAGCGAACCGGCAUGGGAGGACCUCCCACGAAUGCCCCUCCUCUGCCCGGGAUGAUCCCUUGCAUCUUGGAUCUCAAGUCCGGGUCAUCCAGCCAGGCAGAGAAGCGGAAGGCAAACAGCGACGCCUCGAGAAGGUUCCGCAAUCGGAAGAGAAAUGAGAUACAGAUGGAGCAAAAGAUCACGGCACAGCAGGAGGAGAUCCGGAAGCAGCAGGAGGCGUUGCAGAAACAGGCGCAGGAGAUUCGGGCGCUGAUGCAGGAACGCGACCAUUAUCGAUCCGAGCGGGACUUUUACCGAGAGCAUGUUACCCGACUCGUACCGCCAGGGCAGCUUCCAGCGCGGCCACCAUCCCCUCAAGUGUAUCGAUCGAUUCCAGAGCGGGAAGCUGAGACAAGGUGGUCUGGUGCAGAGACCAGAGGUGCCGUGCAUGCAGCAGGAGGACCGGCCGGAAACCCGCCAGCCUCCAACGCAGUUUCUGGGUCGUCUGUCAGACAAGAGAACUGGCACAACAGUCUCUCGUAUCCAGUGACUGCUGAACCUCAUGCCAUGCCUCAUGAGCAGCAGGCGAAGCCACUGCCCCAGCUGUCUGCGAAUUGGACGCGUUCCUAA